UCCAAUAAAAGGAAUAUAAAACAACCGGUAGUCAUUAAAAGAGUAUCAAAAGCUUUUACAGUCUUGUGCCGCCAUGGCUCAAAGCUGCGAGAGCUUCUCGUCUCGCUUGGCCAGCAUCUCCAGCACAGCUGCCAGUCCUGCAUCAGCGCCGAAUCAGAUGACGGGUCAAUCGCUCUUGUUGUCAGGAACCACAUCAGCAUCAGGAACACCUGUGGAUCUUCGACAGCCGAAACUACCAUUGACAGAAACAACUUCUAACCAAAUAAUUUUAGCAAGUCAGACGAACAUCAGCAGCGGAAGCAACAGCAACCAUAUACGUUUUGAAAGUAACCAAGAACAUGAUAAGGAAGACGUAAUCGGAAACGAAGACGUGUUAGACGGCGAGGACGUAGUAGGAACAUUGCCAUUGCCAUUUCUUUGCAUAAAGAAGAAAAAUAACCUCCUCCCCCGACCUUCCCGUGCAUCUCGCUCCUCUUCGUACUCGGAUCUGUGCAGCUACUGCAACUGUCCAUCAACCCCGCCUCAGGAGCCAGGCGUUACGGCUGGUAUCAUUCGAUCCGCUGUUACCAAGAAGCUUGUACGCUCAGUGACGGCCACCAGCAUCAUGGACAUGCCCUAUAACACCUCGCCUUCGCUACGCGUGCGCACCACCUCACUGAAUCAACUUAAAAAGACCGCCGACCUGGCGAUAGAGAAUGAGCUUCAUGUGUGCCCGUCGGUGAUGUCCGAGGAGCUGCGCAAGCUCCUGCCACCUACCUCGGAGACGGUGAUGACGAAACCUUUUCCCAUCCGCGGGGAGCGGACAAUCGCUGACUGCACUACACCCCACGUUAUAGCGAUGGUGGGCUUGCCUGCCAGGGGCAAGACCUUUAUCUCAAAGAAGUUGGCGCGAUACCUAAACUGGAUAGGGAUUGCGACGCGCGUGUUUAACCUGGGCGAGUACCGUCGCCAUGCUACAACAGCUUACAAGUCACAUGAGUUUUUCCGCGCCGACAACGAGGAGGCGAUGGCCAUCAGGAAUAGGUGUGCCAACCAAGCGCUUCACGACUCUUGCGAGUGGCUGCUGAGCGGCCAGGGUAGCAUUGCAGUGUUUGAUGCUACCAAUUCGACGCGGGACCGGCGACAGCUUAUCUACAAUAUUGUGGUUAAGCAGCACGGUUUCCGUCUUUUCUUUGUAGAGUCGAUCUGUGACGAUCCGCAGAUAAUCGAACAGAACAUUUUGGAGGUAAAGGUGAGUUCACCAGAUUACCUUAACAUGAACACCGAGCUGGUGGUGCGGGACUUCCUGCAACGUAUCGAGCAUUACGAGGAGCGCUAUCAGCCAAUCGACGAGGUCACCGAAUCACAUCUCAGCUUCAUGAAGGUCUACAACGCUGGGAAAAAGGUGGUAGUCUACAAUAACGAGGGUCACGUGGAGUCGCGCAUCGUCUACUAUCUGAUGAACAUACACAUAACGCCGCGAACCAUCUAUCUGACGCGCCAUGGGGAAAGUGAGCACAACCUAAGCGGGCUCAUUGGUGGCGAUUCAAAUCUGAGCGCACGGGGUCAUCAAUACGGCCGGGCCCUGUCCUCUUUCAUUUCGCAGCAGCAUAUCGAUGGACUGCGUGUGUGGACCUCAUGGAUGAAGCGAGCCAUCCAAACAGUGGCCGAUGUGAAAGCACCCCAAGAACGCUGGAAAGCGCUCAACGAGAUCGAUGCUGGCCACUGUGAGGAGAUGACCUACGAGCAGAUCAAAGAGCGCUUCCCCGAGGAGUUCAAGGCGCGUGAUGUCAACAAGUUUGCGUAUCGCUAUCCGCGCGGAGAAAGCUAUGAGGAUCUAGUGGCGCGUUUGGAACCCGUCAUCAUGGAACUGGAGCGGCAGGGGAAUGUCUUGGUUGUUUCUCACCAGGCAGUUCUACGCUGCCUCUUCGCUUACUUUCUGGAUAAGUCUGCCGAUGAGCUGCCUUACCUCUAUGUGCCCCUGCAUACCGUCAUCAAGCUCACCCCCGUGGCCUACGGAUGCAAAGUAGAGCACAUUAAACUGCCAAUUGAUGCGGUAGACACGCAUCGUCCAAAGCCCAAGAUUCCCGGCGAUGUCAGUGAGCCCGGGCUCGAUGGCCUGAGCGGUGAGCUGGUGGCGCCCGAUGGCGUUGGCAAGGUGCUCAUUGUGGGCGAUGAUGUGGCGACGGCAACGAAUGGUAACGGCGGACGCGUUGAUUCCCAACCCAACCAAUGACGACGGUGGCUGUACUGGUUUCGUCCCUCAAAAUCAAAGACACUUUAGGAUCAAUCAUUCAUCGCUGAACGCCUUUCCCCACACAACCCCAGGAACAAUGCACAAGUUACUUUUUCAUCGUAUACCCACAGCACACUAACAGGCGUUAACACGUCCUCCCUGUGAGCACCGGGAUCGAUGCUGAUCGACAGUUUUCUCUAGUGGACUAUCCGUGUUGCUAUCCAUGUCUGUAGAUGGAUAGCUGUCUUUUAUAUUCAUUAGAGAUUGUAUAUACAUUUAAGCUAUCCUUUUAUUUUGUUGCCUGCACAAAAAUCUGACUUUCUUUGAGCCAUAUUAUUGAUUUUUUUAAGCAAUUCAAGUAUUGAAUUAUGAAUUAUGAUCGUGGUAAAAGGAAAUAAUAAUACAAAACCUAACCGUUUAUGUCUAAAAGAGAUACUAUGGAAUAAGUUGAUUGUGAAUUAUGCACAUGUCCUAGCCUGACCUACAUACAUGAAAUUAAUUUUAUACACAUGUUUGUAAAAAUUAGAGCUGGCAAAAUUAAAAAAAAGAAAAACAGUAAUCUAUUAAAACAAACCCUAAAAAUCAAUAUAUUUAAUAUUGUGAUAUAUUUUUGGUUGUAUGUUUUUGCUGAAAUUAGAUUCCGCGCGCUGCCGAAAAAUGAGGUUCCCAUAAAGAAAACAGAAACCUUAAAUAUGUUUAUAACAUCUUCAAUUCUCUUUUCACUUUUCUAAUUUUUAAUUUGUUUUAUAACAUUUUUAUCUCUACAUCUUUACAUAUUUAAUCCCCUUCAUUAAUACAGUUUUUUUUAAAACACGCACAGACUUGUUCACUGUAUGAAAAUCCUCGAGAUCAUAUUUCUCUCAAAAAAUACUACUGCUGCAUAAAUUGCACUUUCCGGGUUUUCCAGAAAAAUGCU